GGGGUUUUUCCGUGGUUUACUCAGGAUCUCUGAGUGGAUUCCUAUAUGUGAAGGCAAAGGAGGAUUCCUCAGAGGUCUGCUUCAGCAUCCUUGGGGAAAAUGAUGUCACAGUUCAACUCACGUUCUAGAAUUUCAUGGAAUUUCUCCAAGGAAGAAGAAGAAUGCUGGAAGCUCAUGGCAGCAGCAGGGUUCAUGCAAAAGCAACGGUGACCCCAGGCUUUUCAGCACUGCCUUCACUUUUGAAACACAUCCUGCGGCCCCCUGUGACCAGCCUGGCUGGAUUUCAUCCUUUUCUUACAGACGGUGGCCGAGACCAUGGCUCCUUUGCUCCAGACCCUCCUCCUCCUCGCCUGCUUUGUGGAAGCAACCCAAGCCAAAAUUUUUGAUCGCUGUCAGCUGGCCCAUGUGCUGAAGGACAACGGGUUGGAUGCAUUCGAGGGGAUUAGCCUGGCUGACUGGAUCUGUAUGGCGUUUUUUGAGUCUGGCUUUGACACUGAGGCCAUUGAUUGGCACAAUGAUGGCACUAAAGACUACGGUAUCUUCCACAUCAACAGCGGCUGGUGGUGCAAAGAUGAAUCUCUUGACAGUUCAUCAGAGAACCUUUGCUCCAUGAAUUGUAAAGAUUUAUUAGAUGAUGACAUUACAGAUGACAUCAACUGUGCCAAGAGGAUCGUGCAAGAUCCCCAAAGCAUGGGGGCUUGGAAUCAGUGGAAAAUGCAUUGUAAAGACCAAGACCUGUUCCGCUGGGUGAAGGGUUGUCAGCUGUGAAAAGGAAUCUGGCCACAAUCUGUCUGCUCCCUAAAAUGAUAAAUGAUUAUUUUAUUUUUAAUAUCACUGUCAAGUGCCUUCUGUAUUCGGUGUUAUUUCUGAUGAUUCAUUCAAUUCCGCUGAUUAAAGUGAAAUGUUUUCAUUCUUGUGCA